GUCCCCGUGUCCCCGAUGUCACCCGCUGUCCCCAUGUCCCCGCAGCCAUCCUGGGCAUGUACACGCUGAUGAGUAACAAGCAGUACUACGAUGCCAUCUGCAGCGGGAACAUCUCCAACACCGAGGGCAUCAACAGCGUGGUGCAGCCGGACCGGUACCGCCCGGUGCCGGACGAGCCCCCGAACCCCACGGACGUGGCCGAGACGCUGCAGCGGCUGCAGAACAACGACCCCGAGCUGCAGGACGUCAACCUCAACAACAUCAAGGACAUCCCCGUCCCCACGCUCGAGGCCAUCUGCGAGGCCAUCAAGUCCAACACCCACGUGCGCAGCCUCAGCCUGGUGGCCACGCGCAGCAACGACCUCGUGGCCAACGCGGUGGCCGCGAUGCUGGAGCAGAACCGCAGCCUGCAGAGCCUCAACCUCGAGUCCAACUUCAUCACCAGCGCGGGGAUGCUGCGGCUGCUGGCGGCCGUGGGGCAGAACCAGAGCCUGAGCGAGCUGCGGGUGGACAACCAGUGCCAGCGCCUGGGGGACACGGUGGAGAUGGCCAUGGCAGCCACGCUGGAGCAGUGCCCGUCCCUGCUGCGCCUGGGCUACACCUUCACCCUGCAGGGCCCCCGGGCGCGCGCCGCCGCCGCCCUGACCCGCAACAGCGAGCUGCGUCGCCAACAGAAGAAAUCCUAAAAAUUCCCCUGUGCCCACCCCAAGCUCAGGAACUGCUGGGAUUAAACUGGGAAAAAGCUGUGAAUAAACUGGGAAUGAACUGGGAAUGAACUGGAAAAGUGGUGGAAAACCCAAGGAUUUGGGGUUUUGGGGGUGGCCAUGACCCCAAAUGUGUCCCCCUCGAUUUGUGUGGUCACCAUGGGAUUUUGGG